AUGCAGAGGCCCAUUGACAAGGUAAGUCAUGAUAUGCACUGUUCAAACUGAUGAAUCAGACCACACGUCUCAUUGUGCAACUCCUCCCGCAAGCCCAUCGUCCCACUCCUGCGAAACCACCGCCUCCACCCCUAAAAUCAACGCGCCGACAAAGACCAAGCUCGCUUGUGCUCGCUAUCUUGCGCCCGUUUUCUCAUGCUUGCUCUCUCGUACCUGUCCUCUUGUGCCCAUUCUCUCGUGCUAACUCUCUCCCACCUGUUCUCAUGCCACGCCCCAUCUUUCAUGCCCUCCUACUUCUCAAUGUCGCUUGGUAUUGAGACCAUCAACUGCGGCACAACAACAAGUGCCUGCCACGUUACCUGCGUCUUUGCGCACUCCCAGCCACCACCAUUCACCACUUCCACAAUGGCGCAAACACUUGCGGGUGGCGCUUUGGACCGUAUUUUCUUGCAACAGUUCUGGACCCUAACUUCAAACGUCGAAACCCGUUGGACUGAGAUGAAGGUUGCGAGCGGGAGAGCUCGUUUUGAAGCUGUGAUAAGUCUUAUUUGACCAACUUCCUAACUUCGCACCCUGCCAUUGAGCACAUCAUCUACUCCGGUCUUGCCUUGUACUCACUACACGUUCACACACACACCUCCUUCAGCACACACACAGAGCAGUUUAUCAGCACCUACUGUCUCCCUCGUUACUCGUAUUCUGUGUUAAUGCCUUGUGCUUGUUACACUCGAAAUGAUAUCUUGCAAAUUGACCGCUGCUUA